AUGUUGCGACGCAUCAUUCACCCCACCGCCUCCGCGCAGGCGCCGCCUCGCUCUACUGCGUUGUCUCGCAUUGCCGUCGUUCCUGUACCUCACCGCUCCGCCGCCCUUUACGCGGCGCGGCGCGGCUUCUUUGGCGUGCUGCGCCCCAAGACGCAGCAUGUAAAGGUAGAGGAGGUCCUCUUUGACAAGCAAAGAACACAUUACGCAGGCACCAUCUUUGGUUUCUCCGCCGAUGCCGUGAUAUUUUAUGCCAAAACCGGUGCCGCCGUGUGCGCCAUCCUUGUGGUUGUGGGCGUGUUUCUCAAGGGGUACGCCGUGCUUUCGCGCUUUAGCUUAGCAACGGUGGCCCGCUUAGGAUUUAUGAGUGGCUUUUUGUGCGGUGCGGUGCUUUACACCGUGAUCCUGGCGGUGAUUCGCCGAGUUAGGAUCAACCCAAACGCAGUGUACAAUCAAUCCAUCGCACUUGUCAUGCGAAACGAAAAGGUUGUGCAGCACCUCGGCUCACACCCUCGCACGGGGGACUUUAAAGCCUACUGCCAAACUGGGGGAUUUCGGCUUCCGCUCAUUCGUCGCAUCCGCAGCGGCUCCUAUGAACUCUCCGAUCUGCUGGGGCUGAAGCCAAGAAAGUUACAGAUGAUGUUUAUCCUGCGCAACCCGGCGAACGGUCGGGAGGGUUUUGUGACAUGCGACGUGCGCCGAGAGUCGACGGGAUUUAUGAGCUCUGCGAAUACCUUCAAGUCGUUGGCGGUGACGCUGACGGACGCCGCCCACACCCCGGUGCCACAAACCGUCGUGGUGAUUGGACGACCAGAAGACGUCGUAUACCGUGGCCUGAUGAAGCUGUAG